UUUUUCUUGCUUUAAUACAAUGUGUUUGAGCCAAAAUGUACAGUAUGUACAAAACAAGUGUUGCAUAUUAUUCAAUUUCAGUUUUUUGUAAUCCUUAUUGAUAGUUACCAGCAGUUACUACCGUGUGUUUUCUACAAAACUAUUCAGAAUGUAAAGCUCGGGUUUUCACCUUGCAAUUUGGUAUAGGGUUACACCAAGUAUUGCGUGAGAAGGACGUGCGUUUUCGAACGGCAUGAUUUAUUCAUUGCAGUUUGCACCAUUGCAAAAGUGCAAUGUCAUUGAUAGCUGUAAGAAAUUUUCAAUAAAUCCAAAUAUAAUUCGACCAUUUUCAAGGGAAGGUUUAAACUGAAAGAUUAAUAUCUGUGAUGUGGCGUUGCCAAAGGAGUUUGAAGAACUUUAAAAGCCGUUGUGGUCAUGUGUUAUGGCCCAGAAAAUGUUUUUACACAAAUGCAACUUACAAGCAAAAAGAAAAGUUGAACAUCAUUCAAACAGCAAGUGAAUUAAAGCCUGGUCAAAAAGUUCUUGGUUACACUGUUGAAAAGGUUGUACCAGUUCCUGAACUUUACUUGGUUUCUGUUAAACUGAGUCACGAUAAAACUGGUGCAGAGCAUCUUCAUGUUGCACGAGACGAUCCAAAUAAUGUGUUCUGUGUUGGCUUUCGUACGACUCCAAUGGACAACACUGGUGUUUCUCAUAUCCUUGAACAUACUGCCCUUUGUGGCUCAAAAAAGUUUCCUUGUCGUGAUCCCUUCUUUUCAAUGCUCACAAGAUCAUUGUCAACAUUCAUGAAUGCUAUGACAGGAAGUGAUUUUACCAUGUAUCCGUUCUCAACACAAAAUCGAAAGGAUUUCAAGAAUCUUUUGUCGGUAUAUCUUGACGCUGUAUUCUUUCCACGACUUACAGAGCUAGAUUUCUGGCAAGAAGGUUGGCGACUUGAACAUGAAGAUAUCAAUGAUCCACAAACUCCACUUAUCUUCAAGGGAGUUGUAUUCAACGAAAUGAAAGGAGCCAUGUCCAAUGCCGAAACGCUGUAUGCACGUAACCUGCAAAGCUCGCUCUUGCCUCAUCACACUUAUGGUUUCAACAGUGGAGGAGAACCAAUCAAUAUUCCCGAACUUAGUUGGCAACAUCUUAAGAAUUUUCACGCUACUCAUUAUCACCCAAGUAAUGCAAGGUUUUAUACUUAUGGUGACACACCUCUAGUAGAUCAGUUGGAAGCCAUAGAAGAGAUGGGAUUAUCACGAUUUAGUGGUAAAUUGGAUGUGCAAACUGUCAUUCCUCCCGAACCUCGCUGGAGUAGUCCGAAAAGUGUUAGCAUAACCUGUGCUUUAGAUCCUUUGGCUCCUGAUCUCGAUAAGCAGACUACGACCAGCGUCAGUUACUUACUUGAUAGUGCGACGAAUGCGUUCGAGAAUCUUACAAACGGUAUCAUAUCUUCGUUACUGAUCGACGGUCCAACAUCGCCAUUUUAUCAAGCUUUAAUCGAACCGAAUAUUGGAUCUGAUUACUCACCGGCGACUGGCUUUGACUCCAGUACUCGAGACAGUUCGUUCUCUGUUGGAUUGCAAGGAAUUCAUAAAGAUCGAGUCCAAGAGGUCUGGGAUAUUGCUCGGAAAACGUUCGCUCAUGUUGUCGAAACGGGCUUUGAAGAUGAAAAAAUUGCGGCGAUUCUUCAUCGUAUUCAACUAUCACAGAAGCAUCAGAGCAGUAACUUUGGAUUGAAUCUUAUUGCUUCGUUAAUGUCGCCUUGGAAUCAUGGUGGUGACCCGACUGAAUUUAUUCAAAUAAACAGAAACGUUGAUCAGUUCAAGGAUUCCAUCAAGAAUGAACGUUACUUACAAGACAAAGUUGCUGAAAGUUUCCUUGAGAAUCAGCAUCGUCUUUACAUGACAAUGUCACCCGAUGAAAAGUACGAGGAAAAUUUAGCGUUACUUGAGGCAAAAAAACUCAACGAAAUGGUAACAAAAUUAUCGAACGAAGAGAAAGCCAUCAUUCAAGAUAAGUGUCUUCAGCUGGCCAGUCUACAGAAUGCUAAACCGGAUACGUCUUGUCUUCCAUCUCUCAGUAUUUCUGACAUUGAUCCCAAGAUCAAACCAGUGAUCGUGGAUGAUGUUAUGUUAGGCGGCGUUCCUGUGUAUUACUGCGUGCAACCCACGAAUGGGCUGACUUACUUUAAUGGAAUAUCAAGCAUAACACUUGUUGCUGAUGAAGUGAAACCGUAUUUACCUUUAUUUUGUCAUGCCAUCACGAAGAUAGGAGCAGGUAGUAUGGAUCAUCGUCACAUGGCUCAAUUGAUCAAACGACGUACUGGAGGUCUUUCAGUAUCCCCUCACGUAGUUGCGCAUCAUACUGAACCUCAUACUUAUAAUCAGGGUGUUUUAUUUUCAUCUCAUUGUCUUGAUGAGAACUUGCCUCGCAUGUUCAAUAUUUGGCUGGAAAUUUUUACAAGCCCAACGUUGAAUAACCCAGAUCGCCUUAGGACUCUAAUCAACGGGCUGGCCAGUGACUUUGCCUUGUCUAUUGUUGAUUCUGGACACAUGUAUGCCAUGAGACUAGCGUCCAGCUCUCUAGUUCCGUCUUCUCAGCUGAAUGAAGUUCUCGGAGGACUUCACCAGGUCGAAUUUAUGAAAAAUAUCGCCGAGAUGGACGAUUUAGACAAUGUUACGAAUAAACUUAUAAAAAUAGCCGCUCAUGUUUUGGAAAAUACUGCUUUCAGGUGUUCUCUUACUAUGACCGAAGAAUCCUCGGACGAGGCCACCGAUUCUCUCGAAGGAUUUUUAGAGGAUUUACCUGGAACUCGUGCAGACUUACCAGCAGAAGUUGAGGAUCCGGACUUUAAGCCUCAUCGAUUGAAAAGUUUCUUCGAAAUUCCAGCUCCUGUCAACUUCGUUUCUAAGGCAAUACGAGCUGUCCCGUUUAAUCACGAGGACUAUCCGAAAUUACAAAUUCUUUCGCGGCUCAUGUCCUCUAAGUUUCUUCACAGAGAGAUAAGAGAGAAGGGAGGUGCGUACGGUUCCGGAGCAAAAGUUGGAGAGAAUGUCUUCGCCUUCUUCUCUUACAGAGAUCCAAAUUCACUUGAAACGUUGAACGUAUUUGAUCAAGCGCAAGACUGGGCGAGCUCUGGUGAAUUUACUGACCGAGAUAUUGUAGAAGCAAAGCUCUCUGUUUUCUCGCAGGUCGAUGCUCCUGUACCACCACCGUACAAAGGCAUGACGCUUUUUAAACACGGCAUUACAGAUGACAUGCGACAAGUACAUCGUGACCGUUUGUUUGCUGUGAAUCGCGAAGCUCUCGUUGAUGUCGCACGAAGGUACCUGAAUGAUUCGGAGGAAAGGGUCAGUUCAGUUGCUAUUCUUGGGCCAGCUAACGAAAAACUAGCUGGAGACAACUCGUGGACAAUUUUAAAGGAAGGCGCCAAAAGCUGAGUAACUGUUGUUGUACCAUCACAUCUGCCAUACCUUUAUGGUUUAACGCAAGACUUGUGUAUUAUGGAUCUACGUAAAGGUUGCUGGUUUGGCUGAAAUGGAUUCCUUGUGUGGCAUUUUAUCAGGUACACCGUCUGAACUGCGUAUGAUUGCAUUUUGUUUGGGGAAUUUAUGUCUAUAUUCUCUCAAACACAGCAAACUCUUGUGGCCUUAAUAAAUAAUCUUGCAUGCAUAUAAUGUAUAAAAUAUUAAUACACGCGAAUCCUUGAAUUAUUAUAAUGGUUCAUCCUAUAAAA